GAGUCAUCUGCUUUCAAUAUCCUUGUCUACAUCAACACUUAAAAGAGCAAAAGACAAAGCCUAUAAGCUGAAUAAUGCUGCAGAACGUUCAUUUCAACGCAUAGAAGUUACCUCGUUUUUUAAAAGACUUGAUGCACAGAUUGACACAAAUACAACCAAAAGUCUUGCAAAUGCCACCGAAAAUCUUGCAAAUGCAAAAGAAUUUUAUAUGAAUCGAAACUGA